CACACAGUAGUGAUUUCGAGCAAGGAACUUCGUGUACUUUUUUUGCUUAGAUGAGCACCUUCAUUCGAGAGAUCGAGCAUCAGGUGGUAGCGCAGAUUUGCGGCUCUUAUGAGACAGUAGAUCUUGGAGCCACUCAAGCUGUCGCCGAGAUCCUCUCCAGGUAUCUUAUUGAACUUGGUUAUGCUGCACAUCGAUACGCCGAGAUCGGGGGCAGAGCUACUGUAGAUGUUUGCGAUGUACUUUUUGCGCUUGUUGGUCUCGGUUGCACUUUCGAGCGGUUGAUUCGAAGUACAGGUUCCCAUGCAGUUCCAUUUACACAGACCAUACCACAACGUCUGCGUGUGAGCAGACUGCCCAAGCGAGCACCUGCGUUCCGUGAACUUGGGCACUCUAGCUUUCCACACUACCCAAAAUACUUGCCGUCGUUUCCAGAUGAGCACACCUUACACACUCACUCCAAGUAUUAUCGGAGGGCCGGUGGUACAAUUUCUGAUCAGAAACUCUCCAAGAACUUGACAGGAGAGCUGAAGGCUUGCUAUGAUCGACGAAAAAGGAAGAAGAUGUCUUGUGAACUUGUAUCUAGCAGGCAUUAUGAUUUUGAGAACUUGGCAUCAGUUACAGAAGAUCUUUGGUUUUCCUGCACUGCUCGUGAACUUGGUCACCACGAAGAAGGUUGUCUCACUUCUCUGCGCUCGCUGAAUGCCUGUAGCUACGGUGGUAUUCUGGGAGGUGCUAACACAGUGCGUUACUUCAAAAAUGCUCUUCUUCUUAUUAUUCUUAUGAGGCUCGACUCGAAUCUAUUCAGACACUCCGAACUCAUGGAGAAAUGCAAUAUUUUAAUGUAUAUUCAGACUUUGCACGUAAGUUCUCUGAUUCUUGAAAGAAGUGUCCUUGAGGGUAUAACAAAUAUAUAUAUAUAUAUAUAUAUAUUUUUUAGGAGCAAGAAAACGUCCACUAAACGCGACGACGUCAUCAUUCAGAGAACACACAACUUGUUCUCAUGCAGAUCAUUCAGUAGUUAAUAAACUGAUCGGUGGCUGCGUUUCAGUUUUCGAGAGCAAUUGACCUCAGCUGUCUCGCCUAUUUGGAUCGUCCUUCAUGCUUACCUUGAGUAUUUUGGUACCGCGAGUGCCGACCACGCUGUUUACGACCACGCUGUUUAUUUAAUCAACAUAGUCUAAUCAUUUACCUUCGAAGGUAUUUAAUCAAACAUAAUCAUCCAAAAUUCCCAAGAACACUAUUUUAGGUAUCACAGGGAAAUCCAUAUGCUUCCAACUUCAAAGUGACAGAAAGAAGGCAUUCGAAGUGUUGAGCCAUCAAGCAAAAACCAUGGCUUUCUGACCUCUUUUGAAAAUAACCGUCUCGUCUUCAGAGUUUGUCGAGCAGCAAGGUGUGGUUUUGGGUCAAACUGGCCGCGAACUUCUUUUUGUCCUUUAUACUCGCGUGCACGACAGUUACAGAGCAUGAAAUCACUGCUGCAGACUCUUUGAUCGUUGUCCUCGACAUAGUGCUCAAGUCGCAUCGGCAGCACAGGGUAACUGCAACUCAGUAGCAGCCCGUGGAUAGAGUGGAAUUUUUUUCUUAUCAUAAGACUUUUCUCGAAAGAAGCUUUAAGAUACUCAACCAGCCUCUUCUCAGGUGGAAUAUUUGACGGCUGAAAUAAUCCCAGACAUAGACAAGUUAAAAGAGCGUGUGAUCUGCGGCACUUGAAAGCGUGUGACACUGUGAUAUCAACUAUGUUUAGAAAUUGCAGAGCAAGUCCCCUUGAAACUUUUUGAGAGAAAGUGCAGUAUACUCUAACUUUUGUGUCAAAUGAUUGGGAUUUAGAAAGUCACCCACAAGCGCGGUUUUCGAAGCGUUUGGUGGCUGUGGCGUAUCAAUGAAAAGAGUUCUGAUUUUCUGUAGAACUGGGCCUUUAAGGGAUUUUCGCAAGUGACAUCGUCCUCUCUCUCGAAUUUGAAUUCUAGUUUGAACAAAAAAUGGAUCGCCGAUGUGUGACAUCCCUCGUACGAU